UAUUCCAGCUACUAGUCCUGCGAUCAGGCGCUCCUGUCAAAUUAUCUCGCAUAAGCAGUGACGCAACCUCCUCCCUUGACCAGCAAGCACACAUCCGGCUUACAAAAGGCCACACACACAGGCCAUGGCUCCCCAACUCCAAUCCAUCUAGCAGCAGCUCCGAGCAACAUCUUGCACUUGCACCACCUUGCCAGCCAUGGCCGCCGCCGCUCCCGUAUCCGUUCCCCGCAUCAAGCUGGGCUCCCAGGGGCUGGAGGUCUCGGCGCAGGGCCUCGGCUGCAUGGGCAUGUCCUUCGCCUACGGCUCGCCCAAGCCCGAGCCCGACAUGAUCAAGCUCAUCCACCACGCCAUUGCCGCCGGGGUCACCUUCCUCGACACCUCCGACAUGUACGGCCCACACACCAACGAGAUCCUCCUCGGCAAGGCGCUGCAGGGCGGGGUGAGGGACAAGGUGGAGCUGGCCACGAAGUUCGGCGUCAAUUUCGUCUGCGCCGGCAACUUCGAGAUCCGCGGGGACCCGGCGUACGUGCGCGCGGCGUGCGAGGGCAGCCUCAAGCGCCUCGGCGUGGACUGCGUCGACCUCUACUACCAGCACCGCAUCGACAAGAAGGUGCCCAUCGAGGUCACGAUGGGUGAACUCAAGAAGUUAGUUGAAGAAGGAAAGAUAAAGUACAUUGGAUUAUCUGAAGCAUCUGCGUCAACAAUUAGAAGAGCCCAUGCAGUCCAUCCCAUUACUGCAGUUCAACUGGAAUGGUCAUUGUGGUGUAGAGAUGUAGAAGAAGAUAUAAUUCCCACCUGCAGGGAACUUGGAAUCGGAAUUGUGGCUUACAGUCCACUAGGCAGGGGGUUCUUCUCCAGUGGGGCAAAACUGGUUGAAUCGCUGUCCGAGCAGGAUUUCCGCAAGUAUCUGCCUCGGUUUCAACCAGAGAACCUUGAUAAGAAUGCUCAGAUAUUCGAACGUGUCAACGCAAUGGCUGCAAGAAAAGGUUGCACACCAUCACAACUAGCAUUGGCUUGGGUUCAUCAUCAAGGAAACGAUGUUUGCCCUAUUCCAGGCACAACAAAAAUCGAGAAUUUCAACCAAAAUGUGGGGGCACUUUCUGUGAAGCUGACUCCAGACGAGAUGGCCGAACUCGAGUCAUAUGCUGCCGCAGGUGAAGUCUUGGGUGACCGGUAUCCUCAGAUGGCCAACACCUGGAAGGAUUCCGAGACACCACCAUUGUCGUCUUGGAAAUCUGAGUAGCCCAAUACGAUAUCUUCAACUGCAUGCAUGGCCUAUAUCUACUACUAGUUCUUGAGCUGCAGAAGAUCCUCGGUCUAGUUUGCAAGAGCGUCCACAAUAUGUGCUUGUCUUGAUGCAAGUGAUGAUGUGUGGUAGUGUCUAUUAUGUGCUUGUCUUGAUGCAAGUGAUAUGUUUGGUAGUGUGUAUUGUGUGAAUUGUUGUGAACGUGAUCCCUGCUAGGGUUCACGGCUCCAUGAUCAGCCACCGGCGUGGCUUGUACAAGAGGUCACUUGUACACGGUACACAAACAUGGAAACAAAUAAACAAUCCUAUGUUGCCUAUUCUAGCU